CUGAAGCAUUUCGUCAUUCAGUUACUUCCUUUUAAACCACCUGCAUCUCAUUCUCAUGACCGUUCUAUUAUUCCGGAUUCCGAUUCGGAUAAGUCUUCCCCUUUUCCGGACCAUUUGGAUUUGGGUUUACAUCCUUGCUAACCAGUUAAAAAUGGAACUUAAUCCAAAAAUUCCUUCUUUCAUAAAACAAUAACCGCAUCAAAUCCCCCGAGCAACACCCUGUUCCAAUAUUCCCCUAUUAUUCGAUAUGAUCUAGUCAUACUGGCAUUUCUUAGUCCUGUUUGUGACAUGUAACUGUAAGAAGGUACUGUUUGUGAAACGGGGUUCUAGCAUAAAUUACCAGAACACUAAGGAAAUGUUGUGACAUAGGUCAAGAUGCACGUGGAAUUCUCAGCAAUGUGCGUAUGCAGUUAGCUGAACUGCCAUAGGAUCAACAUGUACAUGGAAUUGCAGUAAUUCAUAGAUUCAAUGUAGGAUGGUUAUACAUUCGUGUUACUACUUUGCGAUUCCACUGUGUAGCUUCCAGUCCUCCUCAACCAUUGUUUGUUCUUCACCUACCCUGGUCAGAACAAAGACCAUAUAUUGCUCUAAGAGGAAAAGCGGAAUCUUGUUAGUGUCGGCACUUGAAGCAUCUAAGUAUCCACCUGAGGUAAAGGUGUUACUUUAUUCUUUGAGUGUAGGCAUUACAUCAAUAAAGACCUACCUGCACCCCGAGAAGGUGGUGGACCUGGUUAAAAGAGCUGUGCCACUUGCACUCGGACCAGAGAAUGACCCGAGAAAAGAGGAGUUUAAGCAGCUCCAGGAAAAGAAGGAAGAGAUUGACAAGCUGGCACACAAGCAAGUGCGAUGUAUCCUAUGGUCUGGCUUAGGGUUCUUCAUGUGCCAAGUCGGGCUCUUCUUCCGUCUCACAUUCUGGGAAUUCUCAUGGGAUGUGAUGGAGCCAAUUGCCUUCUUCACCACUGCUUCUGGCCUGCUUGUUGGCUACGCCUAUUUCCUCAUCACCUCAAGGGACCCGACGUAUCAGGACUUCAUGGAGAGGCUGUUUUUAUCGAGGCAGAGAAAGCUUUGCGCCGCACAGAAGUUUGAUAUGGAGAGGUACAUGGAGUUGCAGAAGCACUGUAGGUGUCCCCUGGAAGGCCAUCACCCUCAUGGUCCCAAGCUUCAUGGCUUGUGACACCACAGGAACUAAAGUUUCUCCUCUGUUACCUGAAGCUUCACACUGCACUCUCUAGGUUGUAGAACGGGCACUAUUCACAUGCCUUUCAUCUGAUACUAUAGUCCGAGAUAGCAAUGUAGUCCUGAUAGAAUGCAUGGAUCAUAUAAGGGUUACCCUUUAGCUACUUAUCAGAGAUGAAUGGUGAACCCAACUGAAUGUUCAGACCUUGCUAAUAUAUCAUGUGUAUUUUGACAGAUUGUUUUGAGGACCUAAGUACCUAAAAUGCUGAGCUAUGCCGGUAUAUGUUCCAGGCAUAGCCACCAAGAAUACAAGAUGACACAGGUUAUGCAAGUCUCGAA